UAAAAAAUCUAAUACGAUUAUAUUAUUUUAAAUUUUUACUUGAUUAAAAAAGAAAAAGAAAAAAACAACAUCAAUUUACUAAAUUUGGACUUUUUACUUACGUAAUAUUGUAAUAAAUUAAAAAUUAGAUAAUUAUUUUCUUAAAAAGAAAAUGAUAAGCUUGCUAUAAAUAGUGACCCUGAAAGUGUAUGAUGAAUUGAGAAACAGAUGAGACGUUCCAUUUUUAAUGAAUAAGGCGCUGUAAUUAAAAACAAAAAAGUUUCGUUUAAUACAUACCUUAAUUAAGGCUUAUAUUAGAUGACCCGAAAUUUCGUCAAAUUGGUUAAGGCAUAAUGACUUCUGGUCUGAGUGGGGCACAAAAGAUAGGAAGGAAAGGUGCUAAAAUGGUAAACAUGCAUUAGGUAGCUAUAUGGCUUCACAACUUAUUGUAAUAGUGUAAAUAAAUUUUAAUUUACUUAUAUGGGAAAUUGAACCUCUUUUCAUUACUCUGACAAUCUGACGUCCCUUUCCUUUUUCUUUAAAAAACAAAAAACCAGAAAAAUAUUUAUUAAAGCAAAGCAGAAUAUUCAGACAUAAUAAGCUUCAUAACAGGAGCAUCAAAACUUGAAGGAAAACUCUAUCUGAAUAUUAAAUUGGUAAAUAAUUAUAUAUAUAUAUAUAUUACAUUCUUUUAAUUAUAAUAUAUAUAUAUAUAUAUAUCAAAUCUUAAGUAAUAAAAUAAAAUAGUAGAAAGUCAUUUGUUUACGGUUAUGUAAAUAAAUAUAUAAAAGUAAAAACUGCUUCAGAAAAAUAAGGAAAAAAAAAAAGAAGAAACAGAGAAUAAGCACAUUAAAUUCCAUCUUCACUCCUCUAUUUAUACCCAUUUUGCAUAUCUCUUCUCGGCAAUCUUUUGCAAAACAAAAACAUCUUCAUCUCUAUCUAUCUUCUAUCCUUCGCCUUGAAGCUUAACUUCCAUUUUUAUACAGUGUAUGAGUGCUCUUGAUGAGAGUAUCUCUCGGGAUUGAAGAAAGAAGAGAAAAUUAUUUGCUAUAGGUUGAUCGAGAUUCGAAAGCCAUCGUCUAAAGGAAACUUAAUUAUGUGUAAUCCAGACACCAGUGCUAGCUAUGUUGUGAUAGAGAAACCGUCAGAGAGUGGUCAUCUUUACUUGAAUCUUUUAUCACUGCCCACCACCAUAAAAGACCUAAAGAAUGUCACAAUUAAAGCACCACCGCCGCAGGAAAUAUAUCCUUCUGUUUCAGAGAUAAUCUCAGAGACAAAAUCACUCUUCAAACUGGCUUUUCCUAUAGUUCUAACAGCCCUCAUUCUCUACUCCCGCUCCAUUGUCUCCAUGCUCUUCUUAGGCCAUCUCGGUGACCUAGAGCUUGCUGCUGGUUCUCUUGCCAUUGCCUUUGCUAACAUUACAGGUUAUUCUGUUCUUUCAGGUCUAGCUCUAGGAAUGGAGCCUCUCUGUUCUCAAGCUUUUGGCGCUCAACGUCCAAAGCUUCUGUCCGUAACCCUUCAUCGUUGCGUGAUUUUUCUUUUAGUUUCAUCAAUACCCAUUUUUCUACUUUGGAUUAACAUGUCUAAAAUCCUUGUCUAUCUUCAUCAAGAUCCUAACAUCACAAGUCUUGCUCACACUUAUUUACUCUUCUCUUUACCUGACCUUUUAACCAACUCUUUCAUCCACCCAAUCCGCAUUUACCUUCGUGCUCAAGGUAUCACCCACCCUCUAACAUUAGCAUCUCUCGCUGGAACUAUUCUUCAUUUACCUAUUAAUCUCUUACUUGUCAAUCACUUAAAGCUCGGGGUUGCUGGCAUAGCAGCCGCAGCCGCCGCUUCCAACUUUUUUGUACUCUUGUCCUUAGUCUCUUAUGUAUGGGCUUCUGGUUUGUACGAGCCAACAUGGACUAAGCCGAGCCGAGAAUGUUUCACGGGGUGGAAGCCGCUGAUACAACUAGCGGCGCCAAGUUGCGUAUCAGUUUGUUUAGAGUGGUGGUGGUAUGAGAUCAUGAUUAUUUUAUGUGGACUUCUAGUGAAUCCCAAGUCAACAGUUGCUUCAAUGGGUAUCUUGAUACAAACGACGUCGUUGAUUUAUAUUUUUCCUAGUUCUCUUGGGUUUGCUGUUUCUACCCGGGUGGGUAAUGAACUUGGGGCAAACCGUCCUCAUAAGGCAAAAUUAUCCACUGUGGUGGCGGUGUUUAUAUCAGCCGUGAUAGGUGUAAUAGCAUCAAUGUUUGCAUCAGGAAUGAAGGAUAAAUGGGGCCAAAUGUUCACUAGUGAUGCGGAGAUUCUACGGCUGACAACAGCUGCUUUACCAAUACUAGGAUUAUGUGAACUCGGCAACUGUCCGCAGACGGUUGGGUGUGGAGUCUUAAGAGGAAGUGCACGACCCUCCAGUGCAGCUAACGUCAACCUUGGUGCAUUUUAUUUGGUGGGAAUGCCAGUAGCCAUUGGACUUGGGUUCUGGGUUGGUGUUGGGUUUUGUGGUCUAUGGCUCGGGCUGUUAUCAGCUCAGGUUUGUUGCGCUGGACUCAUGUUCUACGUUGUGGGAUCUACUGACUGGGACCUGGAAGCUAAAAGAGCUCAGUUGCUAACGCAUAAUGACUACGACAAUAAUAGAAUUUUAGUUGGCCAAAGUGAGGGCGAAAAGGAGCAGAGAUUAAUUUGCGUCAUGGAGGCUUAGCCUUGGUAUCUUCUUCAAUAGUUAAAUGAAAAAUUUGUUGCCUACUCUUUUCUUUUCUCUUUUUAAGAAAAAAACUAUUGUUUUGAUUUUUUCUUUUUUGCCCCUUUGGGGUUUAUUGUGUAAUGUAAUUAUUAUUUCUGGGCAGGAAUAGUAUUUUUUAACAAAGAAUAUAAAUGAGAAAUUUUGAACUUAUCGUCGAA